GACUUCGGAGUUGACAGACGGCAUUUGGACACCACAAACCUGAAACCUCUCGAAUGAGUUGCGCCACCCCCCCACCAUAGCCGCGUUAUCGACCACCCACACCAUAGCCGCCGCGUUAUCGACCAAGGAAAACAGAGUUCCGGUAACCACUUUCUUCAACCACUGCUACUAUUACUAAUUGUACCUAUCGUUGCUUUGUCUCGACACUGGUACUUGUUACGCCAUCUCUUUUCUCCCUCUCUCUCCCCUUUGUUUUUCUUCAACUACUAGCUGCGGAAUUUGAUUUGGAUGCUGCUCGUUUGAAACUUUGUCCAUGCUCAGCAAAUUUCUACGCGCAAACUGUGAACUGGGUCCUUUCUUGGUCCAAACAAGAAUUUCUGCAACAAGGAAGAAGAAUUGAGUUUUUUUUUUGGGUUUUUGUACGAGAAUGGUUCGUUAGCAUAUAAAAGCGGAUACUUGGCGUGUGAUACGGAAAGAAUGUCAUUGAUUGGUUUCUGAGAAAGAUUUUGAUCAGAAAUGGCUGCCGGAGGUGGGGAGGAAGCGACGACGCUGGAGUUCACUCCGACAUGGGUUGUCGCCACCGUCUGCACCGUCAUCGUCUCCAUUUCCCUCUCCGUCGAACGCCUCAUUCACUUUACCGGCGAGUAUCUGAAAAAGAAGCACCAAAAGCCCCUAUUUGAAGCUUUAGAGAAAGUGAAAGAAGAGUUGAUGCUGCUGGGGUUUAUUUCCCUACUUCUGACUGUGUUUCAAGACAGAAUAACUAAGAUAUGUGUGAAAGAGAGUCUGACCCGCCACCUCCUUCCUUGUAACUUCCCAUCAGAAUCUAUCAAUGGAGAAGGACCUUCUUCCAGUACUUCCCUUCAUCGGCGUUUGCUCGCCGCAGGCGGGGAUCAGUAUUGUGCCUCAAAGCAUAAGGUCCCAUUGGUGUCCAUUGAAGCAUUGCAUCAUCUGCACAUCCUUAUAUUCGUGCUAGCCAUUGUCCAUGUGACCUUCUGUGUUCUCCAUGUGGUAUUUGGAGGUAUAAAUAUGCGUCAAUGGAAAAGCUGGGAGGACGAGAUUUCAAGAAAUAAUUAUGAUACAGAAGAUGUUCUGAAACCAAAGUUUACUCAUGUCCAUCAACAUGAUUUCAUUAGGAGUCGCUUUCUUGGUAUUGGUAAAAGUUCAGCCUUUUUAAGCUGGGUGCAUUCCUUUUUCAAGCAAUUUUAUCAGCCCAUCUCCAAGUCAGAUUACCUGACAAUGAGACAUGGUUUUAUCAUGAAACAUAGCAAGGGAAAUCCGAAGUUUAAUUUCCACAAGUACAUGAUGCGUGCCUUGGAAGAUGAAUUUAAAGAAGUUGUUGGUAUAAGUUGGUAUAUGUGGAUAUUUGUGGUCAUCUUCUUGUUGCUGAACAUCAAUGGCUGGCACACAUACUUUUGGGCAGCUUUCAUUCCUUUACUUCUUGUACUUGUCGUGGGCACUAAGCUGGAGCACAUAAUCACCCAGUUGGCUCAUGAGGUUGCAGAGAAACAUGUUGCAAUGGAGGGUGAAUUAGUGGUAAAACCAUCAGAUGACCACUUUUGGUUUGGUCGGCCUCGCAUUCUCCUUACCUUGAUAUAUUUUAUACAAUUCCAGAAUUCUUUUGAGAUGGCAUUUUUGUUCUGGAUAUGGGUUGAAUAUGGGUUUGACUCAUGCAUAAUGGAACAUGUCUAUUUUGUCAUCCCCAGGCUUGUUGUAGGGGUAUUAAUUCAGAUGCUCUGCUGUCAUAGUACCCUACCGCUUUAUGCCAUCGUGACACAGAUGGGUAGUAAUUUCAAGAAGGUCCUAUUUGAUGAGCAAGUGCAUGCUGGUAUUGUUGACUGGGCUCAAAGAGCAAGGAAGAAGCAGCAGUUGAAGGCGGCAGCUGAAGGAUCUGAUGAAAUAAAUCCAGCUGACGGUUCUGAAAUGGAAAUUCAGCUGGGAAGAGUCGACCUCAAAGACCCCGAACCACACGACACUCGUCCGCCAGCAGCCGGGGCUGAAUGACUUGAGGAAGCCUCAGAUCAUAACAAGUGAUAGUAGUGUAGACACAAGCCUUUAUCUGGUAUAUUCUGUACAAUUAAAGCAAUAAAUCUGCAUACGGUUUCAAACUCUGAUGAGUUUAGUGAGUGUUCUUUGAUCAUUUGUGUUGUAUUGCUUUCCGGUCUUAACAGAGAGCCACAUCUCCACUGGCCUGUAGGUUGCUGCCAGGGUCUUGAGUUGGGUUAAAUUUCUUAACAACAUGCAUUCUUAUGUGUGCUCAUGUAGAGAAUUAGAGCUAUUCUUAACAAGAGGCAGCCUGCCAUUUCCCA